AACAAAUAUCACAGAACUGAAAACAAACCGAGUUAAAUCCGACGGCAAAUAGGCUAAAACGUUCAUAUUUGAGUAUCGUGUAUGUGGGUUAUAUUUCUGUGCUUUUUCGAGUUGCGUUCAAACAUGAGUUCACCGCUGUCCAUCCUGAGGAAAAACAAACGAGCUCCUCUACCGGACAUACAGAGAGAAGGGGAAAGAAAGCCUUACAAAGAAAGGUCAGACAAUGACUACGAAGCUCAAUUAUUCAGAGAAACCUUCCCGCAAAACCAGCCAGUACAGCACGCCAUGGACAAUCUUUCCACUGUAAGAUCAAAGGUUGUGCAAAAGAAGAAGCCAAAAGAAGCUCCGCCGAGUGAUUUCGAACUUAUGUCAAGUAUGAUGCAGAAGAUUGUCCAGCUUGAGAAAAAGGUGAAAACUCAGGCUGUGGAUAUUGAGCAUAAGGCAAGAAGAAUAGCAGUUCUGGAAGAGAAACUGAAUCUCUUGCAAGAGGCAAAAGAGAAAUCUACAAGUAACGAGAACCAAGCUGAAGACCUGGUUAACUUGUGCUUCAAGCUUCAAAACCAAGUGUGGGAAAUGGAGACAUUUCUGAAUGAUUAUGGAAUGGUCUGGGUCGGAAGCUACAAAGAACAUGAUGAACAGGCCAAAAGUCAACAACCUGGAGCUGCUAAUGCAUGCAAGACUUUCGAAAUGAACUAUAACCUGGUCCUGCAGAACAUCCAGGAGCUCAACAUUGUAGCAGGGGAAGGGGAGUCCCAUGUGACCGCCAUUCCUGGUGGAGCCAAACUUACCCAGCAGUCUUCCAUACCUCUUUGGCUCUAUAAAAACGGCAUUGUCAUGUUCAGUGGUCCAUUCCGCCCCUAUCAAGACCCAAGCACACAGGAAUGCAUGCAGGACUUGAUGGAUGGGUUUUUUCCUUCUGAGCUUCAGGAAAGGUUUCCUAAUGGUGUGCCCUUCCAGAUUCAUGAUAAACGGGACGAGGAGUUCAUAGUUAGGCGACCAGGGACUGAGUUUCCUGGAAGAGGACAAACUAUAAAUGGAGCAAGAAGCCAUUCAAUUGACAGUUUUGAGCAGAGCAGCUCCACAGCGCCAAAACACACACCAAAUCAGAUACCAGGUAAAAGGCUGUCUAUGGAACAGUUCCUGCAGAAGCUCCCAGUGACUGUGGUGAAGGAAGGCAAAGUGAUUAGUAUACGUGACUCAAUCAAGACUCAUCUACUGGGCUUUCCUGAUGGCGCCCGAAGUCACUCGACGAUCACUGUGAAAACAUCUGCCCUGCAGGCCUUGAGAGAAUGUGAGAUGGAGUCUUCUACGCACUCAGAAAAAGGCAUCACCACACUACGACUGAAGUCUGAGGAUGCCAUGGAGACUUUCAUCAUAAAAAUGUACUUCACUGAGACCAUUGGAGAUCUCCGUCACUACUUGGAUCUGAAAAGAGGACUGGGUGCUGCACCAUAUGACAUCAUUAGUGCAUUCCCACACCGGUGCUACGGUGAUUACACCCAGACACUGCUGUCCUGUGGUCUGACUCCUAAUGCAGCGCUGCUCCUGCGUCCUCAAGCCUCAUCUAACAGACCGUGUGCAGUCACAUACACAACAACUCUUAACUAAAGAACAACCGUCAUGUCAUGUCAAAUAGCAAGUGAUGCUACGACACUGAACACUUUAAAUAUCUCACUGAUCAUUCACCAACAUGUAGGAUUUUUGGAAACCGAAAUCAGGAAGGAAAGGUCAAAGUAAAUCUAUUUAUUGAUGUAUUUGAAGUAAUCAGUCUGACAGUUAAAUUAUUAAUAAAAAAAAUUAAAAAAGAAUGAUGUAAAAGCUCCUGUUCUACGUAAAUGAACCAGGAAGAGUCACUCAAUCUUCUGUCUAUGUGUAUAUUUAACUUACAUAUUGUUGUAACUGUUCCAACAAAGCCUUUUAAAUAUAUUUUUGCACUAUUUGCUGAAAUGUAUUUAUUUUUCAAGUUGUCUUUAGGGUGAGGUUAAAUCCCUAUAAUAAAUGGGUUUGGCUGUUUUAGCUGAUCACGUUAACUAAAACAAGAAAAAAAACAAAAUAAAAACAAAACACUUUUGUUGUUGAAUAGUGUGGA